AUACUUUAUAGUGUUUCAAAAAGAAAAAUAUAUAUUCAAAAUCAGUAUAAAGUUAAUUACUGCAAAAAAAAGAUGUAGUUUAAAUAUUUACGCGAGCUCUAAAACCAAAAUAAAAAAUAGAACAUUGAGAAAAUGUACGAUGAAUUGUUUGGUAUGAUCAGAUUAGUAUGGAUAGAAUUCAACUAUCUAUAUUAAAGAAACUAUCACCAUCUUAUUUGAAUGAAUUGGAGAUAGUAAAACAUGACCAUGAAGACGAAGAUGAGUUUCUUCGAAGUGUGUUCUUCAAUAAUGACAGUUCUAUGACAACGAUCGAACAAUCAUAUUUUACUAAAAUCAAUCAUACGGAUGGAUCCAAGACUGUACGAUUCCAAGAUGCAUCAGGAUUACGAGAGUUGAAAGUAAACCUUUCCCAUUCGAAACCAAGAUCAAAAUCGAAAUCAAAGAAGACCACUAAAACGAACAAGAGCACAUCACCAUCCUUUCCAGCUUUGAUAGGGUCUGAUCUAAGUGAAGGGUUUCAAAAGUUUAUACCAGAAUCGAUAGAGAAUAUUUAUAGUUUAGAGGAUUUAUUUAAAUCAAUUCAAUAUGUCAUGAGCGAUGGAUCAAUGAGUCUAAGUGAGUUUAAGAUAGUCACCUUAAGACGAAAUCUAAUGUCAUUAUUAUUACUUCCCAUCAAAAGGAAACCCAUUCGAUUCAAUAUCAUAUAUUGGAAACAUUUGAUAAUCAUAGAUUAUGAUUGGGAAUUUGAGGACAACAAUCAUCAAUUCAGCAAACUGCAAUAUUGUGGAUUCAAAUUUGAAGAUGUGAUAACGAAACCAUUUACUAAAGCAACAGAUGUCCUAGAUGAAGAUGAUAUUAUAGAAAAGCUUCAAAAUUUAUCCGUAUCCGAAGAUGAUCAAAAGAUGUCCUACUACACAGUAGUCAAGCUGGAGAUCAACAAAAUUCCAAUAUUCUUCACAGCAGAGAUAGAUUCUGGAAUUAAAGGGAAUACACCUGGUAUUCAGAAUUACGUUGAAUUAAAGACUCAUAGUAAUAAUUCGUCAUCUUCAAUUGAUGUUAAUUCCAAACCACCUUCAUUCGCAUUAAAAUCCAAAUUGGUAAGUACUUAUUGUCAGAAUAGAUUAAUAAAUGCUCAACAUGCUAUUAUAGGUUUCAGAUCAACUCAAUUUAGAUUGAACUCUAUCAAGUGCUUUGAAAAUAAUGAUAUUGGUAAUCUUAUCAAUAAAUAUCCUUUAGAUUUGACUGACGACUGCUUAGUUAAUGGAGGUCGUUUAUUUAAAUGGUAUGCAUUGCUAAUGCAUUGGAUUGAUCAUCAUCAUGAGAAAUUUACAAAAGAAAAGGAUAUGAACACCCCUCAGGUUUUUAAAUUAGAGUUUAAACCGGCGUCACCACAAAUGCUUGAUGGUUAUUUAAUGUUUACUGAAAUAAAAUCAGAUGUCGAAUCAAAAGCAAUCUUCAACGAGACUAUACCGGAAUGGUUUCAAACAUAUGUAAAUAGUUUAUAGAUAGUACAGGAAAUAGAAUUUAACCGAAUUAAAUGUAUAUUAUUAUGCAAAAAU